AUGGCCAUCGUCUACAACAAGGUUAAAUACAGCAAAUGUGGGGGCUCCAUCAUUGACAGCACCCACAUUCUGACUGCCGCUCACUGUGUGACAGUAUACAAUAAUAUUACAAAGGUCACCAGAGUAGAGCCUGCCUCAAACUUUAUAGUAUUUACUGGAUCCUUGAGUCUCAAAACCGCUAAUAAACGAUCUGUUAAAGAGGUCAUAAGUCACGACCAGUACAGCGGAGCAACAUUAGAAUUACCUACCAGAAAAUUGGCCACACACAGUGAUAAAUCUGAUUUGAACGAAAACGACAUCGCUAUUUUGACAUUGUCAUCCCCAAUGGAUCUCAAUCCGUGUGAGCUGCCCAUUUGCCUGGUGACUGCCACAAGUUCGCCCCAUGACAACACGUGGUGUGAGGUCAUGGGAUGGGGAGUGACGGAAUGGGAGGAGCCUAAAGCAGAUUCUGUACAUGAUUCAAUGUCUAGAUCGUCCAAUUUACAGUCGGUCUGGAUACCCAUUGUUCCAGACAACGUAUGCAGAUCGAUGUAUGGAGCCUAUGUGAGGACAACCAAUUUCUGUGCCGGGUCACCUGGUAGAGAUUCUUGUCAGGGUGACUCGGGUGGACCACUGGCUUGCAGAGAAAGCGACGGAAAGUACUACAUUCAUGGAAUCGUGUCUGGCGGCUACAGGUGUGGCGUAGCUGCUGGGCUGUACACCAAAGUAUCUAGUUUCAUUCCAUGGAUCAAGAGCAAGAUUAAUCUAUAGUGACUGUAUGUUUGGUAUUUUAAAAUGCAGUUGUCAUAUAGUUCAUCUUACCA